GCGAGUGCCAACGCGCUCCGCGAGCUCCGAGGUUCAGAGGAGCAGACACAGAAACCCAGGUGGAGGCGCCUCUUUAAUCCCUGCCAAAACCUGACAUUUCCCAAACUGGAGAUUCCGGAACCGCAGCCUGUAAACCAUUAAAAAUCCCAAGCUUUUUCUCUCCAUCCCAGUCCUUUUUUUUUUUUUUUUCUCCAAGAACACUGUUUUACCCCCUAAUUAUGAAAGUGGUCACGCUAUUCAGGAUUAAGACUUGGAGGGGAUUUGGAAACGAAAAGAAAGAAUCGAAAAGAAGAGGCGCGACCGGUGCUUUUGAGGGUGCCUAAUUUUAAAAAGAGGCAUCUGGGAGGAUUUCGCUCUGGGUUUUGGAACAACUUCGUGGACAGCAGCGCUCCUUCAUCAUGGAUGUUCCAGGUCCGCUGACGCCUUUCUUCUGAGGACGACCCUGGCCUUGACCAUCAGAACAGGGGACCGAGGCCAGAGGAGGCAACCCCCGACCCUGAGCGCCUCCUCCUGCGCUCCUCCUGCUCCUGCCCGCCUCCGCCCCCGCGCGCCGCCCCCUAGCCCGGAUGCCGGCGCCCGGCCGGGGCCCCCGCGGGCCGCCGCUGACCAUGCCCGGGCGCCGGGGGGCGCUGCGCGAGCCGGCCGGCUGCGGCUCCUGCCUGGGGGCGGCGCUGGCCCUGCUGUUGCUGCUGCUGCCCGCCGGCUGCCCGGUGCGGGCGCAGAACGACACGGAGCCCAUCGUGCUGGAGGGCAAGUGCCUGGUGGUGUGUGACUCCAGCCCGUCGGCGGACGGCGCCGUCACCUCCUCCCUGGGCAUCUCCGUGCGCUCCGGCAGCGCCAAGGUGGCCUUCUCCGCCACGCGGAGCACCAACCACGAGCCCUCCGAGAUGAGCAACCGCACCAUGACCAUCUACUUCGACCAGGUCUUAGUAAAUAUUGGCAACCAUUUCGAUCUUGCCUCCAGUAUAUUUGUAGCACCAAGAAAAGGGAUCUAUAGCUUCAGCUUCCACGUGGUCAAAGUGUACAACAGGCAAACCAUCCAGGUCAGUUUAAUGCAGAACGGCUACCCGGUGAUCUCAGCAUUCGCAGGAGACCAGGAUGUUACCAGGGAAGCUGCCAGCAAUGGCGUCCUGCUGCUGAUGGAAAGAGAGGACAAAGUUCACCUCAAGCUGGAGAGGGGCAACCUCAUGGGGGGCUGGAAAUACUCCACGUUCUCGGGCUUCUUGGUUUUUCCUCUAUAAAUGCAGAGCCCCCUGGAUGGUGGGAAGUUGAGAUCUGGACCCAGUAUCCGCCCUUCCUAACACCCUGAACUUGCCAGAAUAGGACAACUUGUUUCCGACCUCCGUCAGACUGUCGCGGUAGAAGAAUGAUUUCCUUCUAAAGCUCCAGUAUUUUCUUUGAAUAUUGACCAUUCCUCGGGAACCUGGCCUCUAAUUAGUUUUAGACUACAAGGUCUUAAGGAGAAAUGAAAUUAUCGAUUUGAGCAAUUUGUACCUGUGAUUGUAAAGUCAAUAUCGGAUUUUCUUGUUGGGACCACUGCCUUUUCUUCUUUUGUUCGUAUGCUUUUUGCUGCCCCGCGUGAGGAGUGUCGCUGACUCCUGGAUGGACCGCAGGUUGUGUUCUGGGCUCAGAGCAAGAGUCCUGCAAAUCACUGCCCACCAGCUGGUCCUUGAAAUGUGUUCUCUGUGUGUCUGUUCGGCCUUAAGGGAAAGAAUGGCUUCACUUUCUUUCUGUAUUUUUCCCCCGGGGGGAUGGGGCGGACUCGGGAGGGAGAAGGGGGCAUUGUGAACCUGUCAAGAAGUGCUUUAUCCAGAGAAGCAAAUUUUGCACGAAUGGACUGCGACUUUUGUUUUGUAUUGUUUGUGUAUGUGCUUUUUUUUUUCCCCUCAAAAAGCUUUGCUAUUCUUUCCACACUCAGCUCUGUCUCCUCACCCCCAUUUUUAUUUUUUGUGUUGGGGUGGCAGAGAGAAAAUGUAUGUUGAAUUCCUGGAUGAGACCAAACAAAACAAAACAAAAAAUACCUGUAUAUUUUGUUCUGGAUGAGGCCAAACCAAACAAAAGGCACCUGUGUAUCAAAGUAAAAAUGACAGAUGGACAAUUCUGCUUAUUCUUUGAAAGAGAUGCUCUCAGAGGCACCUUUAGAACUAACAACUUGGAUUUUUUUUUCUUUUUUAAUUUACACUCUGGAAUACUUUAAGAACCUGAUGUUCCUGGGGGCCUGAAUCAUGUAAGAUGAGAACGGAAGCUGUAAUGGCCAAGUCUCCUAAAGAUGUAGUUUCUUCUCCAAGUCUACCUGGGUCUUCCCAGUGGUGUGUUUUCAUUUAUUUGGAUUCACCUCUGUGUGAGCACACCAGGAUCGGGCCUUCAAAGGCAGCAGGAUCAGCUAACUCUCCCUCAGCAUCCUCUUCUGAUCUCCCAAGGAAAGAGGUGUGUUGACUGACACACCCCUGUGAGCCCCUGGGGGGCAGCCACCUGGAUAUCAUGUGGUUGAAGGUAUUGGCAGAGGCAUCCUAGGAGCACUUUUACAAGUCCUUCUUGUUUUGCACCUUGUACAACAAUAUUAUUAAAAUACAGCUGAGAGUUGAUGCGUGCAGGAUUCGUAUGCCAAGGAAAUGUCACUAAUCCCAAAGCAAUCAAAGAAGAGACCUCAAAAUGGAUGUUAAUUUGUCCGUUGUGUAACAAUGUAACCAAAAUAUUGAUGAUAAAAAGUCAUAAUUUAAGAUUCAGAAUAAAUGGUUUUGAUGUCUGG